AUGCCAGUUUAUAAGCAUGAUGGCCCUGUCGAUUCCCAGGCAGACUUCGAUCCCAAUAUCGUCCGAGGAAAACUAGCGAUUGUGACAGGAGGCGCCAAUGGACUCGGCGAAGCAUAUGUCAGAGCUCUCCAGUCCGCCGGCUGCAAAGUGAUCAUAGGCGAUAUUAAUCUCGAGAGAGGAAAGAGCCUAGAGGCGGAACUAGCCGGAACAAAGUUCGUCAAGUGUGACACCACCAAGUGGGAAGAUCAGUUGGAGCUGUUUCGCACUGCGGCGAGCUUCUCCGAUGAUGGCCGUAUAUCAUAUGUCGUAGCCAACGCUGGAAUCGCUCGCGCUGAUGAAGUCUUUUCCUACUCCGGUGACGGCCAAGAGCCCACGAAGCCCGACCUCAGCAUCACAGACGUCAACAUCACGGGCACCUUGUACACCGCCAAGCUCGCCUUCCACUACUUCGUCAAGCAAAACGGCCAGCAGCCCUCGCCGGCACAGCAGGACACAUGCCUCAUCCUCAUCGGGUCGGGCGCCGCCUUCCUCGACUGUCCCAGGGGCCCGCAAUACUCGGCAUCCAAGUGGGCCGCGAGGGGCAUUAUGCACUCGCUGCGGCGGACCACGCACUACUACGGCAGCCGCGUGAACGUAAUCUCGCCAUGGUACGUUCGGACCAGCAUCCUCUCCGAGGAGGCGUUCCAGAACGUGUCCCGCGUCGGGGUCGAGUUCGCAACUGUUGAGGAUGCGGGCCAGUGCUUGCUCCAUAUCCUUUCCGACAUCAGCAUCAAUGGGCACUCGUUCUUUGUCUCUGCUAGGAAGUGGGCGCCGAGGGGCUAUGUUGACCUCGGAAUUGAUGACUAUGAUAGCGAGCUUAUCCAGGAGAUUCAGAGGGAUCAGCUUUUGUCUGCGCCGGUUGAGGCGGGGCUUUUUAUUGAUCCUUACGAGGGAAAGAAUAAGUGA